UGUCAACAUAACCUCACUUUUGUAAUUUUGUUUAGGAAGGUGACGAAGUGUUUUUGUUGAUAAUUCUUAAGAAAUUUAAGUGAAAUUCAGUGCUUUUCUCAAGAAAAUUCUAUUCGAACUUUAACACAAAAUGGCUCGUCGUUAUGAUUCCCGGACGACAAUCUUUUCCCCCGAGGGGCGUCUGUAUCAGGUAGAAUAUGCCAUGGAAGCAAUCUCGCAUGCAGGAACAUGCCUGGGGAUUCUGGCCAAGGAUGGAAUUCUCUUGGCGGCUGAAAAGAGGAACACGAAUAAAUUGCUAGAUGGGGCGAUCUUUUCGGAGAAGAUCUACAAACUUAAUGAUGAUAUGGUUUGUUCAGUGGCUGGAAUCACUUCAGAUGCUAAUGUCCUGACGAAUGAACUGAGAGUUAUUGCCCAGAGAUAUCAAUUGAAUUAUGGAGAAGCGAUGCCGUGUGAGCAGUUGGUCUCCUACCUCUGUGACAUCAAGCAGGCUUAUACUCAGUACGGAGGGAAGCGCCCCUUUGGCGUGUCCAUCCUCUACAUGGGCUGGGAUAAGCACUACGGCUAUCAGCUGUAUCAAUCAGAUCCCAGUGGUAACUACAGUGGCUGGAGGGCCACGUGCAUUGGCAACAAUUCCGGAGCAGCCGUUUCUGCCCUCAAGCAGGAGCUGAAAGAGAAUGAGAUCUCCCUGGCAGAAGCUCAGGAUUUGGCAGUGAAGGUGCUGAGCAAGAGCCUGGAUAUGACCAAGUUGACCUCGGAGAAGGUGGAGAUGGCAACGCUGACCAGGGAAAAUAGCAAGACGGUUAUCAAAAUCCUCUCAAAUGCAGAUGUGGAUGCCCUGAUCGCCAAGUACGAGAAGAUUGAGGCGGAACUGGAAGCGGCCAAGAAGGAGAAACUGGCUCAGAAGUAAUCCAAUGCACAGCUUUUUUGUAUUUUUUGGUCUCCAAUAAAAUGUUCGAAGAAAA